GCCGCCACAAUCAGUAUAAGACUCCGAUUUCAAAUUGCACAGUGAAAUGCACGUACAAAAAGUGAAAGAAGAAUCAGAGAAUCAUUGAAAUGGAGAACAAGGAAAGUUUGAAGCUUGUUGUUAAACUCACUAUAGCUACUUGUCUUACAGUAGCCAUUUCCAUAUUCAUAGCAAAAAGCUAUCACAAAGUUCGAAAACACAACAGGAAGAAGCAACAAAAGAAGCAUUCAUGUUAUCUUAAUGCUGAAAUCAAAUCUCAAUCUUCUUUCAAACGAGUUCUUGCCGAUAACUCCUAUUCUCAAUUCAAACACCUCAAGCUUGACAACAGCAAUGAUGAUUCUACAAAUUUGCAUCCGUAUAAGGAGCAGAUUACCGAGUUGAUGAAGAGUUCAAAUGUUGAAUUUAUGGAGCAUUUUGGUGGAAAUUUUGAAGAUUUUACGAUGCGUGAAUCAUAUGUAUGGGUUGAGAGUGACUCUCAAUUGCUGGAGCUUGCGAAGGUGUUGAGUAAGGAGAGAGUGUUUGCAGUUGAUACAGAGCAGCAUAGUUUGAGAUCAUUUUUAGGCUUCACAGCUCUAGUUCAGAUAUCAACUGAAAGGGAAGAUUAUCUUGUGGAUACAAUAGCUCUGCAUGAUGUAAUGGCAAUUCUUCGGCCUGUAUUUGCCAAUACGGAAAUUUGCAAGGUAUUCCAUGGUGCAGAUAACGAUGUUCUAUGGCUUCAACGGGAUUUCCACAUAUAUGUUGUUAAUUUAUUUGACACUGCAAAGGCUUGUGAUGUGUUGUCUAAACCACAAAGGUCUUUGGCAUAUUUGCUGGAUACGUACUGUGGCAUUGUCACAAAUAAACUAUUACAGAAAGAAGACUGGAGGAAACGCCCACUUCCAGCUGAAAUGGUGCAAUAUGCUCGAACUGAUGCACACUAUUUGAUGUACAUCGCGCAACGUCUUUCUUGCGAGCUCAAACAACAGGAUACUGAUAUUUGUGUAACAGAAAAUUCGUCACAUCUCAGAGACAAGUUCAGUUUUGUUCUUGAGGCCACCCGGCGUUCCAAUUCAAUCUGCUUACAACUUUUUUCAAAAGAGUGUGAAACUUACCCAGGAGAGUCUGCUGCAUCAUCUAUAAUCUCACGUUAUCAGAGUGAUCAAGGAAGUUUUAUGUUAAGUUCUGAUGAGUCGAAGUUCCAUGAACUCGUGAGGCGAUUGUGUGCUUGGAGAGAUUUAAUGGCUCGUGUACAUGAUGAAAGCUUGAGAUAUGUUUUAUCUGAGCAUGCCAUUAUUGCACUUGCGGCUAAAGUACCUACAACAGAAUUGGAUAUAUGCAACACCAUAUCAGAAGCCGAUCAGAAUCUAGACUCUCAGAGUAGUAGCAGCUUAUUUCAGUCUCUUUCAUCUGUAGUUUGCAGUCACUUGGACGACCUCGGGUACUUGUUUUUUGAUGAAACAGGAAUGAAUGAUGACAAUUGUAAGUUGAUUCUUCAAAAAUGCCUUGGGUCGGAUGGGAGUUGUCCUCUUUCUGUAUACAACUAUGCUUUACUGUCCAAAAUUAGCUUGAAGAUGCCAGUUAGAUCUGCUUUCAAGCAAAAUGGACUGAAAAAUUCGAAACAAUUUGCUAAGAAGGCUUCUCGGAAGUUGUUUGUCCAAAAAUUUUCUUGCAAAUCUCCUGUUUACCACAAUUGUAGGAUUUUUGCAAAUGACGGAAGAUUAUUAUGUUAUUGUGAUCGUAGAAAACUUGAAUGGUAUGUCAGCCGAAAUUUGGCAAAACUUAUUGAAGAGGACCCUCCUGCUAUAAUGCUUCUUUUUGAACCUAAAGGUCGCCCUGAAGAUGAGGGCAAUGAUUUUUACAUCCAAAGUAAGAGAAAUAUUUGUGUUGGCUGUGGUGAAGGAAAUCACUAUUUACGUUAUCGAAUCAUUCCUUCAUGCUAUAGAAUGCACUUCCCUGAGCAUUUAAAGAGCCAUCGCUCUCAUGACAUUGUCCUUCUUUGUGUGGACUGCCAUGAAGUUGCUCAUGCUGCGGCUGAGAAAUAUAAGAGAAAGAUAGCUACAGAAUUUGGGAUACCACUUUUUGUUCGUCGAAUAGUCGAUUCUAAUCAAAAUCAGAAUUCAUUAGAGUCAUCUGUGCCAAAGUUAAAUGUAGAGGAGGAAGGGGUAUCUCCUUUGCAGUUGCGUACAGCAGCCAUGGCGUUACUACGUCAUGGAUCAAGAAUGCCAGCUAAGCGCCGAGAAGAAUUAAUAAUGAUUGUCAGGAACUAUUAUGGUGGACGGGAAGUUUCUGACGAAGAUCUCGAAAGAGCUUUGUUAAUUGGGAUUAGUACUAAUAGGAGAAAGCGAUUUGAGAAAAAGAGAAAGUUAGCUUGCAAAGAUCCUAGUAGAAGUACCACAUCAGAUGAUAAGCUAGAUAACGAGCAAGCCAAAGGAGCAUGUCCGCCAGAGGAAAUUUCAGAUAAUUCAAGCAACAAUGAAGAAAAUACCAACAUAUUAACAAUAGAGGACAUGAAUAUUAGUGAUUCACAUUUUGGGGUCAAUGAUGGGUCCUCUAUUGUUCAUAACAAUGAUGUCCCGCUCGAAAGAGACUCCUUAGUGAAACAUGAUGAUAUUCUUCCGGAGUCAUAUGUUGAUGAAAGCUGCAAUGUGUCUAAUGGAACUGCUAAUUCCAUUGCUAAUAUAAAUGCUACUGUAUCAUCCAAACGAGACUCAAAGCUCUCACUAUUAGGGCAUGGACCACAUGGGAAGCAAGUUGUUAAUCAUCUACUCAAGGAGAAUGGGGAGGAGCGAAUUCGUGAAUUUUGUCAGAGAUGGAGACAAGUUUUUGUUGAAGCUGUUCAUCCAGGCUUCUUACCUGCUGGCUGGGAUAUAAUGCACAGGCACUGACGUGGCACAUAUUUUUUCCAGUGGUAGAAGAGAAUUUGGAGAGUUCAGCGUCUACAAUACUUCUGUGAAAACAACUCCUGCAUCUGCUUCUGAGCAGUAGCGACUAGGAAAAAGGCAAGUGACAGAUACUGCAACUUUCUCUGACCAGUCUCUCCGUUUAGUUGUGAAGGAGAGUGGUUCCUGUAAUGCUGUCCUCCUUGUAAUUUAGAGCUUGAAGCUCUUAAUAUAUUAUACUAUAUGCCUUUGGUUUUGCCCUUAUCUAUACCAAUAAAAGUUUCAAUCGUCCA